AUGAUCGAAGUGUGCUUUAUAAACUUCUUUGCAAACAACAAUGGGCCAACGGACAUUCUCAAAAAGAAAAUGACGCCCACUGUGUGCGUGUCUUCAACCGAGGCCAACGCAGUGCUGAAGGUAAAGGUUGUGUAUAUAGUCAGCUCGUCGAACAAUGAUUACGACCAGAUUCUCUGCAGCGAAACAGUAGAAGGGAUUCCUGCGGGGGUAGCUGAGUUUGACUUAGAAACAGAAAUCCCAGACAUGAGCAAAAUACCAAGGGAGCAUCUCAUUGGGCUCACAUCGAUACUUUUUUUGUUCUACACCGCAGAGAAUCAGGAGUUUGUGAGAGUUGGAUACUUUGUGAAGAUAGACUACCCAGGCAUUCAGAUAAUAGAGGCGCCUGCUGUGCCUGCUGAAGAAGAAGUUGCGUUUGAGAUAGACGAGAUGGAGUCUUCUAACCCAAACAACGAAGAGGCAAAAGCAGAUGAAAAUAAAGAAGAAAAAGAAGAGCUCGCAGAGACAGAGGACAACAAGCCAGAAGAGAAAAGCGACAAUGAAGAGUCGAUAGAUGCAGAAGAGGCAGAGGAGGCGAACGAAGAAGAGAUAAAAGCCGAAGGCAUGCACGAUGGCAUUUUAUUUAUCACCGAAGAGAACUUCAAGAAGAUGGAUCUUGAUCUGACAAAGCUUGAGGGGCAGGUGCUAGACCCCCCUCUAGUCACCGUCUUCACCGAGGCGUGGAUGGGUCCAGAUGCAGAGAAAAAGGAUGUUUCAGAAGAAGAGGAAGAAGUGGAGAACGUAGAAGAGUAA